AUACUUCUCAACUGAUUAAAACUGACGUCAUUUGGGGAACACAAAUCACAAGGCAUAAUAAACUUGAGAAGAAAGCAAGAGAUCAUUAUGCUUUCUUUGUAGGAGAAGAAACAUAUGAAUGAUGACCUGAGACAAAAGAAGAGAUUUUGAUGAUCAAGAAGACAUAGCCGCAAAACUAGGAAUAUCCAUUGCAUAUCAGAAGAGAAAAUGGCUAAGUAUUGCAGAAAUUCAAGUCUUAUUUAUAUGCAGAGCAAUAAACACCUAAUAAUAUCAUCAAAGCUCAAAGUAACCAAUUCAAAAGUGUUCAUAAGAAAAGAGGAAAGAAAAUAAUUGAUAAUGGCAGCGAGACAACAACAGAAAGGAACAGGCUUGGGGGUUCAGUACGAGGACUUCGUCCCCAAAUCAGAAUGGAAAGAUCAACCUGAAGCCACCAUUCUCAACAUUGACCUUCCAGGUUUUGCAAAGGAGCAAAUGAAAGUAACGUAUGUGCACAGCUCGAAGAUGAUAAAAAUCACGGGAGAACGUCCCUUGGCUAAUCGAAAAUGGAGCCGUUUCAACGAGGUGUUCACUGUUCCACAGAAUUGUCUAGUGGAUAAGAUCCAUGGAAGCUUCAAGAACAAUGUCCUCACCAUCACCAUGCCUAAGGAGACGAUCACAAAGGUGGCUUAUCUUCCAGAAGCUUCUAAAACUGAAGCUGCUGCUCUGGAGAAGGCGACGAAGCUAGAGGAGAAGAGGUUGUUAGAAGAAUCCAGAAGGAAAGAGAUGGAAGAGGAAGAAGCUAAGCAGAAGAAGAGGCAGCUUCUGGAAGAGAAAGAGGCGCUAAUUAGGAAGCUGCAAGAAGAAGCUAAAGCAAAGGAAGAGGCUGAUAUGAGGAAGCUUCGAGAAGGAGCUAAAGCAAAGGAGAUGGCUGAGGCAAAGCUUCUAGAAGAAGCUAAAGCAGACCAGAAGGCUGAGGCAAGGAGGCUUCAGGAAUCAAGAGAGAAACUUGAGGAGUGGAAGCUUAAGGAAAGGAAGCUUGAGGAGAGGAAGCUUGAGGAUAUGAAGCUUUCGGAAGAAGCUAAACUAAAGAAGAUCCAGGAGAGAAAGUCUGUUGGUGAAUCUGGAGGAAAAGAGAAGAUACUAAAGCCAGAAGAAAUGAAGCUUCCAGAAGUGGUCUAUACAAAAUCCGGGCCCGUAGCUACUCCCAAACCUGAGUCCGGGUCUGGUCUCAAGUCCGGGUUUGGAGUAGGCGAGGUGGUGAAGUCAGCGGAAGAAAAAAUAGGAAACUUGGUGGAGAAGGAAAAGAAAAUGGGGAAAGGGAUAAUAGAGAAAAUAAGGAGGAAAGAGAUAACAAGUGAAGAGAAGAAGUUGAUGAUGAAUGUAGGAGUGGCUGCUCUUGUUAUCUUUGCUCUUGGAGCUUAUGUUUCUUAUACCUUCUGCUCUUCUUCUCCUUCUUCUUCCUCUUCGUCUCCUUCUUCAUCAUCAUCUUCUUCUACCAAACCAGAAUGAUAUAGAAGUUGUGUAAAUCGAAGAAUGGAUAUUAUAUACUAUGUAACAGUGAUAUAUUCUACACAAUCUAAUAAAGUUUGAUGA